GCUCGCUCAUCUGUACGCGCUUGCGCACUGUCGGAGUCUUUUGGGCCGAAAUCUUUAUUUCGCAGCGGAAUGUUGUCCUUCGAAGGAGUUUAAAUAAAGAGCCGGAUCAUUUGAAUUUAAAGGUACAGGAUGGAGCUCCCAAACUACAGCCGGCAGCUCAUGCAGCAGCUGCAAGCUUUACGUAAAGAAAGGCAGUUUUGCGACUGCUCCAUCCUGGUGGGUGAGACCCCGCACCCCGCUCACAAGCUAGUGCUGGCGGCCUCCAGUAUGUUACUGAAGUCUGUUCUGGAAGGUUCUGACAGCAUCUCCAUCGACACAGACUUACUGUCCUCUCAAGAGUUUUCUUCUCUUCUGGACAUGGUGUACACUGGGAAACUGCCUCCAGGUAAACACAACUUCACCCGACUCAUCGCCGCUGCGGACAGCUUGCAGAUGUUUGAUGUGGCUGUUGGUUGUAAGAACAUUCUCACUGACCUCAUGAAGCAGACUUCUGUGGAAAUGAGAGAGUCGAUGAAACCUCAGGUUAUUAAACAUUGUGUUAAGGAGCCGUCUGAAUCCGAAGAGCUUAAAAGGGACAAAAAUAGUUUUGAAGAGGACAGUGCAGUUGAGUUGAUCUCUCAAAAUCAAGCUGGGGUCACAAAAAUCCUCCAGAAUGGACGAUCGUAUGUAAAGGUUCUUGAAAUGUGGGAUACAGUAUCCACAGAGGAGCGCCAGGUCAUACUGGAGAGCUUCAAAGGAGAUCCACCAGCAGAUGAGGUUUACCAGAGGUUGCUCAAUUUUGUGAAAGUAGAGAAAGCUGUCUCAGCUCAAACAGUCCUUAAUUUGUUAGAACAGCUAAAAUGUUUAAAUCCUGAGCCGGGGUCAGUUUUGGAGGACCAGGGAAACAAGAGCUGUCCCGAGCAAGGAGUUCCUGCAUCAGGAGUUCAGUGGUCUAGUGGGAUUUUAGCCCAUAUAUCAGAACUAUCUCAUCACCUCUCCAGUGUCAGCAACCUCUCAGAGCUUUUGACCAACGCAGUAAACAGAUGUACAAAUGAAGUGGAAAAAGAGGUAGUGCUGCAGUGCUGUUCUGGUCCAUCUUCUGUGGAGGUGGUGGAAAGUUUGUUAUGUAAACUCCGAGAGAUGACCGUAAGUGAAGAAACGUUUCUGAUGCUGCUCCAUGAGGUGAAGGAAAGCUCCUCAGAUGUGCUUCAGCUUCUGCAGUCCUUGAAAGACGCAAGGGGUGACACAGCAGAAUACCGCAGUGGGGUGGAUUUGUUGAGAAUAUAUCAGAACAGGCUCAUAGAACUGAAUCUGGACCUCCAGCUUAUCGAACAGAGCUCUAAAAAGGGUCCAGAUAUGAAUGCAAAUGAGAGAGAGUGUAUUAAAGCUCUUCUGGGAGAGAAAGGAGAUGCUGAGGUGGUUGGUAGGCUGAUAUCUGCAGCGCUGGAUGGUUCACUGCAAGCCGUGACUGUUUGGAGGCUUCUGCUGUGGAUAGAGACACACAGUCCAGAGCUGCAGCUCCUCAUGCAGGAGGUCAAGGAGAAACCAAAUGCUCAAAAACUUCUCCAAACCAUUAAAGACAUAGAUGUGCUCUUUAAGCACAAAUCACUCAUUCUGGAAACAGUCAGUGACAUUACCCUGCUCGAACAAGGUUUGAACACAGUGGAUCAUGGGAAAGAGCAAUUUGCUGAGUUUCUCCAGAGCUGUCGGAGGGCCGAUGGUGAGCUGGAGUCAGUUCAUCAGACUGUGGAGAGAGUUUUGAGUCGUGACUCAGAGUUUGCCAGUUCACUGUGCCAGUUGCUGUCUGCCAACCAGCAGAACGUCCCGCAGCUGAAAGACCUCAAACAUCCCGGGCCUCUGCCAGAUUCUGCGAAAUCUGAGGCUGAACAGGAAGGAUCUACAGCAGACUCUGAGGAUGAUGAUGGCGAAGACCCCAAAACAAAAGGCAGAAGAAAGGCUGUCCCUGUGUCGUACAGCUGCGAGUGGUGUAAAAAGACAUUUGACUUUAAGUGUCGUCUGAUAAAGCACAGGAAAGGCUGUGCCCUCGCGCCGGGGAAGGAGCAGCGCUGCUCAGAGUGUUCAGUGGCCUUUCCGACGCUCAAGAGCCUUCACCAGCACUGCAUGGAAGUCCAUGGUGGCCCUCCGGCGAAGAAGAAGAAAACAGAACAAGUGCCAUGUGACAUGUGCGACAAAACUUUCAAACACUCUUCAGGUCUUUUAUAUCAUAAACGCACUGAACAUUUCGAGGAGAGACCAUACGCAUGCGAGGAGUGCGGGGCGAAGUUUGCUGCUACCUCGUCUCUGAAGAACCACAUGCGUCUACACACAGGAGAAAAACCCUUCCACUGCAAACACUGUGACAUGAGCUUUUCUGUGGCUGCUGCUCUCUCAUACCACACCAAGAAGAAGCAUGCUGAGGGUAAAAUGUACUGCUGUCAGUACUGCUCGGCCUCAUUUGCUCAGUCCAUUGAACUGACGCGUCACGUCCGCACGCACACGGGAGACAAACCUUAUGUCUGCAGGGAAUGCGGCAAAGGCUUCAAACAAGCCAAUGGGCUGUCCGUCCAUCUGCAGAACUUUCACAACAUUACAGAGCCACAUGACUGCCAGAAAUGCCGAGUGAGUUUCUCCUCUCUGGACGAGCUCCGUCAGCACAUCCAGGAGGUGCAUCCGAAAGAGCUGCACCAAUGUCCCGAGUGCAGCAAGAUCUUCAACAGUGAAGCCAAUCUGGAGAAGCACAUGAACAUUCAUGACGGGAACAAACCUUACGGCUGCAAGAUGUGUAAAAAGUCCUAUCAGACGCUCUCUGGUCUGUGGUACCACAAUCGUACAGCUCACCCCGAGAGCGCCUCUGCCCAGGGCAACAAAGCUAUUAAAUCUCUGCUGCAGUGUGACAAGUGUGACAAGACAUUUAGCAACCGAAAUAGUCUGUUAAAACACCAGAUAACCAAUCACAAAGAAGUGCACUUAUGGAAGUGUGUGAACUGUGACAGCACUAUGACGAGUGAGCAGGAGCUACAGCAGCACAUAUGCAGCGGUCCGGCGAGUCAGACCGGCUCUGUGUUCAGCUGCAUGGUCUGCUCUCUCCACUUCACCUCAGAGACUGAGUUCCAGCAGCACUUCCUGUCCAAACAUCUGCAGGUCAUGCAAGAGGAAGCACAGACACAGGCCUCCAGUGCUCAAACGGUGAUUCAGUGUGAGGAUGCAGCCGGUCAAGAGGCGGAGCAAGUGAUUAGCCUCGACCAAUCCCAGAUUGAAGGGUCACCGCAGCUGUUUGUGGCUCUGGGUGAUCAGCAGGAAGCAGCCAGCGGCGCUGGAAUCGUGGCUGUGAGUAUGGAGGAUCUACUGAACGGCACCGUCACGCUCAUCUGUGAAGAGGGCCAGUGAACUCUGGGCCACAUGGCUUUAUGAUCAUGACUUUGCUUUGAAACCGAGUGCAUGUUACAGUUGUUUUUGUACAAGAAUGAAAAUGUUUUUUAAUGAACACAUGCUUUAGUGUCUGGGUCAAUUGAUUUGAUUUUCCCUCUUGGAAGAGUGUUUUUCAGGCUUAUCGUACAUGUCGAGCAUGCAAAAUCUGUUAAAAAUAGUGUAAGAUGACAUCAGUCUCUUCAGUGCAGUCUGAAUCUCUUUUCAUUGUUUCAUUAUGAACUAUUUAUUUAUCACAUACGGAUUUUAAAUGAGAAAGGUCUCUUGAAUUUGUUUCCAACACAUUAUCUACCUCUGAUCAAGCAUCAUGUACAGGGAUCAUUUUAGUUUCUGGCAUGCUUUAUGAUUGUUUUUCUGCUGAAAAUUAACUUGUGACGAAGCGGACUGUUUGAUUCACUUUUCAUUUCUACAAUGUGAUGAAUGCAAUUUUAAAUAGAGAUGAGAAUUAACUUUGUAUAAGUAUAAAUGGCAAAUAUUAUUAAACGUAUGACUUUAUAAGCAGGUAAAA